ACUUGUCUUUCACAAGUUCACAACCAUAUAGCUAGCAACCAAAAAAACCUUUAGAGAGAGAGAGAGAGAGAGAGAGAGAGAGAUGAGGUUUAGUGAGAAGCAAGAAGCUUUGGUGAAGGAAUCAUGGGAAGUGAUGAAGCAAGAUAUCCCUCAUUACAGUCUUCGAUUCUUUAGCAUUAUUUUAGAGAUAGCACCAGCUGCAAAAGGCAUGUUUUCCUUCCUCAAAGACUCAGAUGAGAUUCCACAGAGUAAUCCUAAGCUCAAAGCUCAUGCUGUCAAGGUUUUCAAGAUGACAUGUGAAUCAGCUAUUCAACUCCGGGAGAAGGGUGAAGUAGUAGUCAAUGAUACCACUUUGAAAUAUUUGGGUUCUGUUCAUGUUCAGAAAGGAGUACUUGAUCCCCAUUUUGAGGUGGUGAAAGAAGCACUACUAAGAACAGUUCAAGAGGCAAUUGGGGAGAAAUGGAAUGAGGAGAUGAGUGGUGCAUGGGGUGAAGCUUAUGAUCAGUUGGCUGCAGCCAUCAAGUCUGAGAUGAAAGAAGAGGCUGCAACUGCUGCUUAGAAAUAUUCUUUCUUUCUUUUUCCUUUUUAAAAGGAAAAAACACCUCUCCUAAAUGUGAUUUAAUCUUUUUAAUCUGUUUAAGAUUGUUAUUUCUUUUUCUAUUCAUCCAAAUAAUCAUAGCAAGAUAGGGUUUGCAGUUUUGGUUCA